AUGCGUGUCUCGCGGUCGUCGACGCCUCAUUCUGCAUCCGAUCACGCUUGGCAUCCACUCUUGCGCUCUCUUUGGCCAUGGAGGCGUCCACGAGCUGGAACCAAACCGCGUUCGUCUCAGACCACUGCUGGACAUGCUGCGCGUGCAUUGACAGCGGUGCUCGCCCAGCAGUAUACACCGUCGGAGCCAACGCUGAUUCUGCAGCACGAUGAUGCAACAAUACGAACCAUCGCGACGGCAAGGCCCCUGACGCCUGCAAGUGCAUGGUCAGGUGCAGGAGCAGCAGCGGCGAUGACAUCUGCCGACGACGACGAGCUCCCACUCUCCUUGCCACGACCUGCGUCGACCGCAUCUCCUGAUGCCAUAUCGCAUUCUCGCACCGUCAACCCGAUGAAUCCACGGUCAGCCCACCUGGAUCGAAGUGCGAUCCUGCUUCGUUGGCAGCACGUGUUCCUAGAGCGGGGCACACGGCACGGGAUCAAAUGGUGGUCCAUGUCGUCACCUGCAUGCUUGCCUCUAACGACGCGUUACUUACCUAGCGACCAAGAGCUUGCCACAUCUUGGCACGAGUAUCCCUACACUGUGUCGGUGCAUUCGGACACAACGUCUAUCAUGUUGAAACGCGAUGCGUCAUCGUCGCCGGCACUCAUGAUGCUGCUGGAAAUGUGUGCGCAACGCCUGUCGCAGGGCUUCCAGCUCGUCGAACGCGUAGUCGCACGCCCUGACGCUGCACCUGGCACGCGCGAUGCAAGCCACCUCGUCGUGAGGCAGCCGACGGAGCUGCUGCGCCCCGGCAACUUUGCUAGUGGCGAGCCAAUUUACCUGAGCAGCAUGAACCAAGUGCAUUGCAUCACCUACAAGCGGCAAGAAGGCAUGAUCAAUGUCACUCGGUACGUGCAGAAAGUCCCGUACUCUACAGCGCCUAUUCCGUACCGGUGUUGUGUGUGGCCUCGCUCGCAGCUAGGCUACCGAAUCACAUCCACACAGUUCCAGCAUCCUGAUCCGCAUGCGUACAACUGGACCUACUUGGACUCGAUGAUUGCAGGGUACGAAGACACGUUCACCGAGUCGCUUCUGUACUGGCGUGCUCGAUUUGUGCUUGUGCCGAGCGAAGGCUCGCCCAACAAGAUUCUGGCGAAUGCUGGCGAGUAUCUCAGUGAUGAGGAAGUGCGUCUUGCUGGCAUGGACCGUCUGGCGGACAUGUUUGCACGUGUCGAGUAUCGUGCGCCUGGCGAGCCGAAAUCAGAGGUGCCUCUGCGCUUCCUGCCAACGACACUGGAUCCAUCCAGUAGUUUGCGCGAUGAUGCGUUUAUACAUGCCAUCACUGAGUUAUACGACGAACUGACGAAACGAAAAUGCUCAUCCGACGCACGGAGCCGCACGCAGCGCGAUGCCACGUCCUGCACACUUGCGCAGCUCGCCGACGACAUGCGCUCGUCAAGCAAGGAGCUGAAAAUUCACACACGCCUCUGGCAUUCGGAGCUGUAUCCAGACGCGUUUACCGGCGCAGAUCUCGUGACGUGGCUCUGCCGAACGUUCCGAGACAUACACACACGCGAAGAUGCCGUGCUGCUCGCAUCGAAGCUCCAGGAAAACGGACACAUCGCGCAUGUGCUGAAUGUGCAUGGCUUUAUGGAUGGCCACUACUUUUAUCGGCUCACAGGGCGUGGCGAGUCCGCAGAGGGAACAACAAGAUCGACUAGAAAGCCUCCGACCGCAGGGUCCGGCGCCAGUCCCAGUGCCAGAUCGAGAGGCAAGGCGAACGUACUACACCCCGGGACGCGUCAAGUUUCGUCGCCACCAAGGCCCAAUCACCGCCGUGUGCCGCUUUCUCGCUCUAUGCUCAUUGACGUCGACCCGGGGCGGCGAAGUCCUCGUUCAGAGGUGGCUGUAUUGCAUCACGACUUGGCUCACAAUGCUGAGAACGGUUUUAAUUUCCAGAUUCACUGGCUUGGUGCAACUGCACGCCUCAUUGACGAGUUGGUGCAGACUUGGACGCGGACCGUAGAGCGCUAUGGACUUCGACUUGUCGAGGCACCAAUUGCCCAGAUCAAGGAUGUGGGCCAGAACAAUCCAUUCCAGGCACCCAUGCCCAUUGCACUAGCUCUUGCGCCACCAAAACGGUCGGCAUAUGCAGCACUCCUCGAGCGUGCGCGGCAUGCCAAGAACGCCUCGAUGCCUGAUGAUCACGACUACAUGGAGACUUGGCUCGUGCGACACGUUCUUUCUCAAUGCACGUCUACAUCCCACACCAACCCGCUGUUUGAAGUGGCUCUCUUGCGCCAUUUCGGAUUCGUCCUUGAUCAAGAGGCUAAGUCCAUGUACCCGGACGACAUGGACUUUUAUUACUCGUCACGACCGAACAACUUUGACUAUACACAAUUCGUACACCGCAGUGGUGUGGCCUUUGUUCAAAUCGUUGGCGGGCGCGAUGGAUUCUUAUGGUACGUCUCUCCUCUCUGUGUGUCUUGA